GCGUGGGCGGAGCCAGGCGCGUGGGCGGAGCCAGGCUCAGUCAUGUCGGCGGCCUUGCUGCGACGCGGUCUGGAGCUCCUGGCUGCGUCGGAAGCCCCCCAGGCCGCCCAGAGCCAGGCCCAACCGAGCGGGGCUUCGGUGAAGCGGGCCCGGAGGGCGAAGGCGGCCCAGGCCCAGAAACUGCGGAAUUCGGCCAAAGGAAAGGUGCCCAAGUCGGCGCUGGCCGAGUACCAGAAGCGAGAGUGUCGAGACCACCUCAGAGCAAACCUGAAGUUUAUGACCGCCACGAAGAGCACCCUGGCAGAGUCGGUGUCGAAGCAGGUCUGUCGGAUUCUGCAGCAGAACCGGGGCCGCAAGGCCUGUGACCGGCCCGUGGCCAAGACUAAGAAGAAGAAGAAGGCCGAGGGCACCGUGUUCACAGAGGAAGACUUCCAGAAGUUCCAGCAGGAAUACUUUGGCAGCUAGGCUCCCUGGAGGGCCUGUGCACCCAGGAGGUGCACAGGGCUCACUGUUCUGUGGGCCAGCCAGCCCUGCGGUGCAGAGCACGGCCAGCAGAUGGCAACACUGGACCGGCUCAAGGGAGCCCUGGAGCUGGAGUUGCUGGGGUUUGGAAGGGAGCUGGGCACCCUGGGGGCAGGUUUACACUGGACUGGAAGGCUUAGGAACCCUGCCCUGCCAGAAAGGCACAUUUGUGACUGUUCUGUCUGCUUUGCCCAUGGGAGACUUCUGCCUGUUUCCUAUGGUCCAAGGCCAGAUCCU